GUAGCCGCAUGGCCCAGCGGUGACAUGUGAUACCUUUACAAGGGGGGGAAAAAAGAAAGGAAAAGAAAACACUGACUGUGCUAUUGGUCUGUUAGAGUCAUGGCAAAAAAAGUUUCAAAAGUUUCAAUAACAUCUUGCAUAUAAUAUUAAAGUUCCUAGUUGUGUUUUAUUAGAAAUAUUAUAUAGCAAAUGUUCUAAACAGUUAUGAAUCAGGGGUGUCAAACACACUUUAUUGCAGUCCAAUUUCACCUUGAGUUGCCCAGACUGAUGAAAUAUUUCCCUAAUAAGCUUUAAAUUCAAACUUUAAAGUUUUCAUAUAAAAGUCUACAUAAAGAAAAUGUCUGUUUUUACAAGAUCAAACAAUUACUUCUGAAAAUGAGUCUAAGCUCAACUGAAAACCAUUUUUUUUAAUGAUAACCUGGUGUAAAAUACAUCGAAAUGCCCUAAAAAAAGACUAGUAAUUGUUUUUACAAAGUGCUUGAUAGAUGUUCAGUUCACAGAUAGUGUGGGUCUUGGAUGGAUGGAUGUUUCUGAUUGGCUGUGAAAAAGCCACUCAGCACAUGUUGCAUGUGUUUGAGAAAACACUUCCAAAAGAAGCUGUGCAUAAUUUGAAUAGUUUCAUACUUAAUCUGCAAUAACAAGGUAAAAUUGGCACAAGGCUUAGUUGAAAUAAAACACAGUAUGUGAUACAUAUUAGGGGUCCUCGAUCGCUUUGCCAUUUCAUGAGUUUAGGUGUCCUUGCACUAUAAGUUGUUGUAGUUCACUGUAGGUUUAUGUGAUGAAAAUGUCUGUUUUCACAAAACCAAACAAUUGCUACUGAAAAUUACAGGUGAAAUGUCCCAAAACUUCUUGAACUAUUGCCUAAUGUAUGUGGUCACAAACUCACCAUGAUAGCAGCUGGAGUCUCAAGAUUUUUUUAUAAAUAUCAAUGUUGUCUUUUGACUUUUUCUCAUUGAAAUGGAGGGCCGGAUUGGAGUCUGUUGCGUGCAAGUUUUGGCCCUCAUUCCAUAUGUUUGAUACCCCUGCAUUAACUUCUUUAAAGCAGGGGUAACAAACAUUACUGGAGGCCCGCCAGAGGUUUUAUAAAAUUAUGAAUUCUCAAUAAACUAAUUACUGUAACCUGAGAUUUAUAGAGUGCUGAUGUAGGAAAUAGAUGUUCUGCUGUUUGUGAAGGAUCAUGUUACCAUCAAGGGAAUCCAUCAGGCAACGCAGUGAGCGUGAAUAUAUAAAAGCAUGCAUGAAUCCUGCAAAAUGCUGCAAAUAUUGGACUUGUUUUUACCAGGAGGCAUCACUAAAAAUCGACCUAAUAUUGCAGCUAUUCUUAUAAAUAUAGAAUAUUUCAUAAAAUAAAUCUGCCCCCCUUAGGAUAGAAUGCAUCUAUAUGUGGCCCCUGGAUUGAAAUGAGCUUCACAAUGCUUCAAAGAUCAAUCAACUGUUGUAUAUUAACUGUACUGCACACAAACUCUCUUCUAAUCCACCAAGGUCAAUCAUGGUCACAUUAUAUCUGACAUGAACCCUGUGUUGAUCUUUGGAUAGUUUUCAUCCGUCAUCAAUUAUCUACACCCACUUCUAACAGAAUAUUGGCUGGGGGCGUAAUCCAGUUGAUGUUUCAUCCAGGGCUCCUGCAGCCCAUCAAAGAAAAAGUUUCUGAUUUGAGACUAUUUACUCAUCAAUCACUAUCAUGUUGUUCGGAGAGAUCGGCUGCCCUCUUCUGUUACACCACAGUCACUUCACCGAAUAGAAUUCAGAACUUCAUCCUGCAAACACAACCCCUUGUAAAUAAAUCUGUACUCAAUGUACACACAGCUGGAAAGACGUGCAUACUUAUAUACAUGCACAUAAAAAUAUAACACAUGCAUCUAGUUUAACAUGUUUAGACUGCACAACAAAAUUAACAAACUUAGGUUAGGCGGAACCAUUAUGACGCCGGGAAAUGGGAAAGACGGGAGAAUAAUAUUGACGGACCAAUGUGGCGGCCAAAUGUUUAUGGGAAACCACGUUCAGAAUUAUUUAUAAACCCCUUCGACGUGCUUGUUUUUACUUUCAGUCGUGAAAGCUUAGAUUAGUCUUUUUAAUUGACUACUUGUUAUUGCUUUAACUUAAAAAUAAGGUAAAAUAUAAUCGUAACUCCCGGGUAGUGGUGAGAGCUGCUGAGCCACCAGCUGCGUUAUGCAGUUCAGUAUGUGGGGAGAGAUUGAGUCAGAUUCUUCGGUUAAAACACAGCCUUGUUGUAAUGAGAAAGAUGGUGAGAGUGAGUCGUCAGAAGAACCGCCGGCACAGACCCCGAAAGAGGACUUGAUGAGCCCAGCAGACCCCCGGCGGCAUCUGCAGGACCCCCAGUGUGUUGUGGACGUGCAGCAGGUGGACCAGAACGAGUCCAGUAACGUGAACGCCAUGAUCGAGGUGGUCGCCAUGAGUGGAAGCCUCGUGAAAAGCCAACAGAUAGGAGAGGCUGAAUUAACCUUAGAGGAACGCAGGAAGGAGCUGCUGCAGCAGUACCACAGAAGACCUCUGGUGUUCCUGGAGAGGUACCAUACUUGUCUCAAGCCGCAGCACCUGUCAGCGUUUUCAAACGUCAGCUCAGAUCCUCGAGCCCAGCACUACAGUAAAGUGAUUCAGAGGCGAACUGCAGGAAACACCAACAGGACCAGAGUCAGAAACCAGCGCUACGCAGCCCUCCGAGCUCUGCAGAAAGGGGGUGAAUACUUCAGUGAAGAACAGAUGCGAAUGAGGGAGCCACUUCUCUAUGAACAGUACAUUGGUCAAUAUCUUACUGAUGAAGAGGUGCUGGAGCGCUCCCAGGAGGCCAUGUCUGAUGGUGUACAGAGUGAACCGGGAGCACCAGGGGGAGGCACCGGAGGGCUCGCCCACCUCCUCCUCAACUCCUACCAGGAGCGGCUCAUCCAGAAUCGUCUGCAAGAGCAGCAGGAAAGAGAGGAGGGAGCGGAAGAGGAGGAAGAGGAGGAGGAGGAAGAAGAUGAUGUUGGCGGUGGCGGUCAGCCGAAGGACUGGGAGCCGACGGCAGAGGAGAAGGCUUUGCUGAGGGAGGAGUUCAUCAGUCAGAUGCACCAUCGGUUCCUCGAUGGCAAAGAUAAGGAUUUCAACUACAGUGAAGUGGAUGAGAACCCAGAUUAUGACAACUUGGACAUAGUCAGCAGGGACGCAGAGGAUAAAUACUUUGAUGAAGAUGACGAAGAGGAGGAAGAUGAGGUGGAAAAUGAUGACGAGGAAGAAAAAAUGACCGAAUAGCUUCUUUUCCACUAAUAGAAACUGUAAAUACGAAUGUUCUGUAUUCAAUUCAAACAAUCCUUUAAUUAAAAGAAUCUUUGUAAACUGA